AUGGAGGACCAAAAAUCCCCAACCAGUCCAGACAAUAUGAUGGACCAACAAGGGACAAGAACAGCACCCUACUACUCAAUCCCUGCUCGUCACGUCGUCAGCGUGGAGCACCCGGCCAUCGUCAAGAACGUCGACAAAGCAAUUGAAACUCUACAAGGCAAUGCAGGCAUCUCAAAGAUCCUGAACCCCCCAAAGGCUGAUACCCGAGCCAAACUCUUUCUGCGGCCGGAGGAUGCCAUGUCUCGACCACUCCAGUCGACGAGCUCUGCUUCUAACAAUAUCCUGCUCAGAGUGACAGUUCCCAAGAGGACCGGCCGGAAACGCAAGAAGGGCUCGGAUGAGCCAUUCUCUGGUGUUCCUGUCACGACCGUCCAUGAACAGCCUCAGCGGAGGAGUGCGAAGCAGCUACUCCGAAGUUUGAGUGACAAUGUGGGCAAGUACAAGGUUGAGCCUGUUGGGAUGGUUAACCGGACGCAUGUGUUUCGAGGCAUGCCGGACUUUGUCUACUCGACCACGGGGAGCGCAUUCACCAAUCGAUUCCGGGAGCAGAUUCUCUCUUUUGACUAUGAUAAGAUGAAACAGUUUGAUAUUGACAUGAGCAAGGGUGCCACAUCCAAUGUUGAUAUCAUACCGCCCCCUUCCCUCAGCCAUGGGGAUGUCCCAUUUACCUACAUUUACCGUCAAAACCCAACCGUCCGACAAUCAGUCGACACCUCCGGCAACCUCACCACCGUCAACACCUCCCAAGCCGCCAAAGUCCACACCUAUCUACUCCCCUUCGACGCACCGGUGCCCACCAAGCCGCGGGAGAACCUCGCACCCAUCAACACCCUCGAGCCAACCCUGCGCGAAACCAUCGCCCUCGUCGAAGACCUCUUCAAAGACCGCCCAGCCUGGACCCGCCGCGGCCUCCGCAACCACCUCAAAACCCCGGAACAACGCUACGCCCUCCGCCACGCCGUCCCCUACGUAGGCUACAUCUUCCGCUCCGGACCCUGGCGCGACGCCAUCAUCAAAUUCGGCCACGACCCGCGCACCUCCCCCGACUACCGCAUCUACCAAACCGUCAUGUUCCGCAUCCUCUCCGGCACCUCGGAGCUCGCCCGCGACGCCGGCAGCGGCCACACACACCUCUUCACCGGCACUCCGCCCCUCCCACCCGACGGCCGCAUGUGGAUGUUCUGCGACAUCACCGACCCGCUCCUGCGCUCCAUCCUCUUCCCCGAUCCGCCACCCCCAGGCUUCCUACGAGAAACCUGCGAAAUCGCCGUUGACGGCUGGUUCGGCAGCGGCACCAUCGGCAAAGCCAGGACGAUCAUGCGCGCCAAAGUGCAGAGCAUGCUCGACGGCCGCGCCGCCGACGAGCGCGAGUUCGCCCGCGUCCUCCGCUUCCCGGACCACGUCGCGCCGGAUAGCUCCCUCGCGGACUUCACGCUCGAUCCCGAGGGAACCUCCUCGCGGGAGAUGCAGCUUGCGACUGAUAUCCGGGCGUCGAUUAAGGCGUCCUGGAAGGGGCAGCUUGAUGCUGCGGGUGCCAGUGCCCGUACAAACGGCAGUGCUCCUUCGGCGGCAGGGGUUGCUUCUGAUGCUGCGCGCGCGAAACGCGUGCAGUGGAGCGAAGAUGUAGGCGAGGAAGAGGAGAGCGAGGGCGAGGGCGAGGAGGAAGCGCUGGAAGAGGCGGAGAGGCUGGAGGCUCAGGUUGCGGCGGCAGCGGAAGCGGUGGAGGCUGCUGCUACGGCGGCGGAUGAGGCGAAUGAUCUGGAUCAGGAGGAGUCAGAUGAGGGGGAGGAUAUGGAUGUGGACGAACCGUCAAAGUCAUGA